AUGUCUGACCAACAGAAUACUCAGGACCAAUUGUCUGGUGCUAUGGCCAAUGCAUCUUUGAAUGGAGAUCAAUCCAAGCAACAGCAACAGCAACAACAACAGCAACAACAAAACUACUACAAUCCAAAUGCCGCUCAAUCUUUUGUUCCACAAGGUGGCUACCAACAGUUCCAACAGUUCCAGCCUCAACAGCAGCAACAGCAAUAUGGUGGAUAUAAUCAAUACAACCAAUACCAAGGAGGUUAUCAACAAAACUAUAACAAUAGAGGGGGAUACCAACAAGGUUAUAACAACAGAGGUGGAUACCAGCAAAACUACAAUAACCGUGGUGGCUAUCAAGGAUAUAACCAAAACCAACAAUAUGGAGGAUAUCAGCAAUACAAUUCGCAACCUCAACAACAACAGCAACAACAAUCUCAAGGUAUGUCGUUGGCAGAUUUCCAAAAACAAAAAACUGAACAACAAGCUUCUUUGAAUAAACCAGCUGUUAAGAAAACCCUUAAAUUGGCAGGAUCUUCAGGUAUAAAAUUAGCAAAUGCUACAAAGAAAGUGGAUACCACUAGCAAACCACAAUCUAAAGAAUCAUCUCCAGCUCCAGCUCCAGCUCCAGCUGCUUUCGCUUCUCAAGAAGAAAAGAAGGAAGAAAAAGAAGCUGCUGCUGCUACUCCUGAAACCAAAAAGGAAACUUCCGCACCAGCAGAAACCAAAAAAGAAGCUACUCCAACUCCUGCUGCUAAAAAGGAAUCAACCCCAACUCCUGCUACUGCUACUAAGAAAGAGUCAACUCCAGUUUCAAACUCUGCUUCUGUGGCAACUGCAGAUGCUCUUGUUAAAGAACAAGAAGAUGAAAUUGACGAAGAAGUUGUCAAGGAUAUGUUUGGUGGUAAAGAUCAUGUGUCUAUUAUAUUCAUGGGUCACGUUGAUGCUGGUAAAUCUACCAUGGGCGGUAACAUUUUAUACUUGACAGGAUCUGUUGAUAAACGUACUGUUGAAAAAUACGAAAGAGAAGCCAAAGAUGCUGGUAGACAAGGUUGGUAUUUGUCUUGGGUUAUGGACACCAACAAAGAAGAAAGAAACGAUGGUAAAACCAUUGAAGUUGGUAAAGCCUAUUUUGAAACCGAUAAAAGAAGAUAUACUAUUUUAGAUGCUCCAGGACACAAAAUGUACGUUUCAGAAAUGAUUGGUGGUGCAUCUCAAGCUGAUGUUGGUAUUUUGGUUAUUUCUGCAAGAAAAGGUGAAUACGAAACUGGGUUCGAAAAAGGUGGUCAAACCAGAGAGCAUGCAUUAUUGGCCAAAACUCAAGGUGUCAACAAAAUUAUUGUUGUCGUCAACAAGAUGGAUGAUUCCACUGUUGGUUGGUCUAAGGAAAGAUAUCAAGAAUGUACCACCAAGUUGGGUGCUUUCUUGAAAGGUAUUGGAUAUGCCAAAGAUGAUAUCAUUUACAUGCCAGUAUCUGGUUACACCGGUGCUGGUUUGAAAGACAGAGUAGAUCCAAAGGAUUGUCCAUGGUAUGACGGACCUUCAUUAUUGGAAUACUUGGAUAAUAUGGAUACCAUGAACCGUAAAAUUAACGGUCCAUUCAUGAUGCCAGUCAGUGGUAAAAUGAAGGAUUUGGGUACAAUCGUUGAAGGUAAGAUUGAAUCAGGACAUGUUAAGAAGGGUACUAAUUUGAUUAUGAUGCCUAACAAGACUCCUAUUGAAGUUUUAACCAUUUUCAACGAAACUGAACAAGAAUGUGAUACUGCCUUCAGUGGUGAACAAGUCAGAUUGAAAAUUAAAGGUAUUGAAGAAGAAGAUUUGCAGCCUGGUUAUGUGUUGACUUCACCUAAAAACCCAGUUAAAACUGUCACAAGAUUUGAGGCCCAAAUUGCUAUUGUGGAGUUGAAAUCUAUUUUAUCCAAUGGGUUCUCUUGUGUUAUGCAUUUGCAUACUGCUAUUGAAGAAGUUAAAUUUAUUGAGUUGAAACAUAAAUUAGAAAAAGGUACCAAUAGAAAAUCUAAGAAACCACCAGCAUUUGCCAAAAAAGGGAUGAAGAUCAUUGCUAUUUUAGAAGUCGGUGAACUUGUUUGUGCUGAAACUUACAAGGACUACCCACAAUUGGGUAGGUUUACUUUGAGAGAUCAAGGUACAACCAUUGCCAUCGGUAAGAUUACCAAAUUGUUGUAA